AUGAACAUACAAAGACUAGAGGUAAAGGAACCCGAGCUGUUACAAAAAGCUUCCGUUUUAGCUAAAACCCUAACCUUCGAUUAUCUGAAUCUUUCCUGGACGACUAAGCCAUACAACUGCAGCAUGAGCCGCUACGACAGCCGCUCAGCCGAUCCUAGCUCCUAUCGCGAUCGCCGCGGAGAUUCGGGGUUUGGAUACAAAAGCGGAUAUGAGGGUAAUCACCGGUCUUCCUCGUCGGACAAGAAAGAGUACGAUAGUGGGGCUCAGUCUCUAUCAAGGAAUUCUGACUUGGAUGGGCUGACACCCUUUGAGAAGAACUUUUAUGUCGAGUCACCAUCCGUUGCUGCAAUGACGGAAGGUGAGGUGGAGGAUUACAGACGGCAGCGGGAGAUAACUGUGGAAGGGAAGGAUGUGCCCAAGCCAAUAAAGAGUUUCAGUGAUGUUGGUUUUCCAGAUUACGUUAUGCAAGAAAUUGUAAAGGCUGGUUUUACUGAACCUACACCUAUUCAAGCUCAAGGUUGGCCUAUGGCUUUGAAGGGGCGAGAUCUUAUUGGUAUUGCUGAAACAGGGUCUGGGAAGACGCUUGCUUACCUCUUGCCCGCUAUUGUUCACGUUAAUGCCCAACCCUUUUUAGCUCCGGGAGAUGGCCCGAUAGUUUUAGUAUUAGCUCCGACCCGUGAACUUGCUGUUCAGAUACAACAAGAAGCUACUAAAUUUGGUGCAUCAUCAAAGAUUAAGAAUACAUGCAUAUAUGGUGGGGUUCCUAAGGGGCCUCAAGUUCGUGAUCUCCAGAAAGGUGUUGAAAUCGUCAUUGCUACACCUGGUAGGCUAAUCGAUAUGUUGGAAUCCCAUCACACGAACUUGCGAAGGGUAACAUAUCUGGUCUUAGAUGAAGCAGAUCGGAUGUUAGACAUGGGUUUUGAGCCUCAAAUCCGAAAAAUUGUUGACCAGAUUCGUCCAGAUCGUCAAACUUUGUAUUGGAGUGCCACAUGGCCGAAGGAAGUUGAACAACUUGCUCGACGGUCCCUGUUUAACCCCUACAAAAUUGGGUUCUGGCACAGAUUAGUGAAACUGCUGGAGGAUAUUAUGGAUGGUAGCCGGAUUUUGAUAUUUAUGGACACAAAAAAGGGGUGUGAUCAGAUAACUAGGCAGCUCCGUAUGGAUGGUUGGCCUGCAUUAUCUAUUCAUGGAGACAAGAGUCAAGCAGAAAGAGAUUGGGUCCUAUCUGAAUUCAGGGCAGGCAAAAGUCCCAUUAUGACAGCUACAGAUGUUGCAGCUCGUGGUCUAGACGUGAAAGAUGUGAAGUAUGUCGUCAAUUAUGACUUUCCGGGAUCUCUGGAGGAUUAUGUUCACCGCAUCGGUCGAACAGGAAGAGCUGGCGCCAAAGGCACUGCAUACACUUUCUUCACUGCCGCUAAUGCUAGAUUCGCAAAGGACCUCAUUAGUAUCCUACAAGAGGCUGGACAAAAGGUCAGCCCCGAGCUGGCAGCUAUGGGACGUGGGGCACCUCCUCCACCAGCGAAGCUGAAGGCAUCUACGCCGAUCACAAUGGCGUCAGCUUCGUCAGCUGCAGCUGCGGAGGCGGCGGCUCCGCCUCCUCCACCGCCGCCGCCGCCGCCAUUUGCUCCCCGGCCGCAGAAAGAGUCGUUUAUUCGGCGCUACAGGUUUCUCUGGCCAAUGCUAUUGGUUGUCAACUUCUCGAUCGGAGCUUAUGUUCUCAUAAGGACCCGAACGAAAGGUAAGGACACAUCAGAGGAAGAAACCCCAGAGGGUCCCACCAUCUCGACUCCAACUUCCACAGCCACAGUCAGCGAAAAGCCAGUCAGUCAACCAAUCACUGAGGUUGUUGCGCGUGCACCCGUUCCGGAGGAUCGGCAGCGCGAGCUGUUCAAAUGGAUGCUGGAAGAGAAGAGGAAAGUGAAACCGAGAGAUGCUGAAGAGAAAACACGGAUCGAUGAGGAGAAAGCCAUUCUCAAACAGUUUAUUCGAGCCAAGUCGGUUCCAAGCCUGUGAUUUUCGAAAUGAUCGAUUUAUAUUUAUUUUGGACAGAACCGACAAUUUGUUUUUCCCACCUUUUUCUAGGAGACCUGUUGCAAAUAUGGUGAUGAAACUAUUGCCCUCUUGUAUCUUGGAUUUUGGAUUGAAGCUUUGUUUGCUUGGGAAUCGAUCUCAAUUCUCUAUCGAGUCCAUUUUCUUACACUAUCUAUACUAAAU